UUUUUCACUUCGGACCGGGCACGAGUCGAACCGUCCCAGCGAGGAGCCAAGAGGCAGACCUAAUGUCCUAAGCCAACGGAGACGUCACUUGAAGGGAGAUAAUACUUAUUUCCGUUUGGAUUUGCUGGCUUUUCUUGUUUGGACCGAGUGGUGUGUGUGUGGGUUUUUUUUUUUUUUGUGUGUGUGUGUGUGUGUGUGUGUGUGUAACUUCCUGGUCGUCUCCGUGUCAUGUCAGUGGGCUCCAGCGCGAGGGACUCGGUCUGCUAGCUUUAACGCUGACAGGAUUCAUGGAGUUUUAUGGUUUUUAUCGCUGUUGUUCGAUUGUGAUGUUCGGAACCGAGGACGGCUGUUUUCAACGACGAAAGAGACAAGGACAUAUUUCAUAAGCGAUGGAAAAUGGUGGUGCCUCGACUGAAGGUGUUUUAAUACCUGUUCCAGAGACCUCCGAAGAGUUUCAGAGCUGUAUUCUAGCUCCACUUCAAAGUGCGUACUUGUAUGAAGAGUCCAGACAGUUUUUCAGGUACAAGUCUGCUGUUUUAGUGAAAAACCCUGAACUGGAAGAAAAGUACAAUGCUUUUCAAGCCAAAAGGAGACUCGCAGGCUACUCAGACCAUGAUCUCAAGGAGUCCUAUGGCUUUCUGUUAUUUGACGACAAUGACAAGGCCAAUGCACUCGGAGAAACGGGCGUGUUCACAGGAAACAGCGCGUGUACAACUUUAGGAGAUCCUUUGAAGGGUGUGUACAUAUCAAUGUACUCUGACUGUUUGGAUCAAAAUCCUUGGUAUCAUGGGAAAUCUGGAUACAUUGCCAUAAUCAGGCUGACAAAGGGCAAAGUCAAAAAGGUCGUAGAGAACUACACCCAGAACUUCACUGAACCCUCUGUGGGCUUUGACUGCCACGUGUCGGAACAGUUGCCUUCAGUAUCCAACAAAACCAGCUCCUUUCUUGCUUUCGAGAGAACUCAGUAUUACAUAUAUGAGCUGCUAGAUGAUGGAAGCAAUGGGACAGCUCUGUCUCCCAGUGCCGCCUGUCCAUUUGCUAUUGUAUCGUUUUCAUAUAUGGACACCAAAGCAACACCUGUAACACAGGAAAAAAGUGAGAGGAAAACACUGGUUUAUCAGUACUUGCCUUGGACAGGUCAGUUUCAAAUAAACAACCAGUUCUACCAUGUUGGCCUGAGGUCCACAGCUGUGGCUUUUAUUCCUGCUAAGCUGCCACCAGUGAUAAAAGUUGACAGAGGGAUCUCUAUGUCGGCUCUGCGACAAGUGUUGCCAAGAUCUGUGUUUGAAAACUGUUACGCUGAAGAGGUUUAUCAGGAUGGCUUUUACUGCAGUUUGGGUGAGUUUGUACCAGUUGAAGGAACAGAAGGAAGUAGCUCAUUUACGCAGCUUCUCUCAGAGAUCAAGGAAAAUGAUUUUGCUUUCACCGUUCCUCUGAAUGAUAGUGGAUUUCUUCUUCUGUUGCACUCAUCACACUUCCUCAGAUAUGAUGACACGGAGUCUACCUCAGCUGAGGCAUUGCAAGGCCUUUUUGUGUUUCCUGACUCAAGAGCUGUAAAAAGAGAUACUAAAUUUGGAUGGAAUAAGUUUGCUGCGCCAAAGGAAAUUCUUUCACUUUUACCAGUAAUGAGCUACGCAGAGGGUGAAGUUGAGAAAACACCCAUGGACCCAAGCAAUGAUCUGUGUGAAGUGUUGGCGCAGCAUAUACAGAGUUAUGCUACGCUCAUAAAUCCAGGUCUGUCAAGUCCAUCAAGGCCUCAAAGGGAACUGAGCAUCUUUCCAGACCAAUAUGAUGUUCCGAUAGAUCACAAACAUCUCUAUUCAUCUUCCGAGUGGACUAACAGGACAUGGGAGAGCUUUAAGUCAUACUUGAGCAAACCAGCAUCCUUUCAGCUACCAGUUUCAAAGGUUUCUGAAAUCCUGGCGGCUGGACAGGAGGAGCAAAGAGAGGACCUUGAUGAUGAUGUUUAUAUCUGUCUGUCAUCACCAGAGGAGUUACCAGUCGGCCCAGUUGACAUGGAUAUAGAACAUUCAUUAUCAGACCAUGAAUCUCCAUCAAAUGAGGCAUCUGUGGACACAUCAAAUGCUGAGUUACAAGUUUCUCCAGUAUCUGUGACUGAGAGUAUUGUGAGGGACAACUUGCAAGCUGGAGAUGAUGCAAAGGAUCAAAACUGCAAUAAUCUCACUGAGUUGAACAAUACUGAUGAUACAAAGGUGAAACGUCUCCUUACUCCUACAUCAGAGGAUCUUCCUGCAGAGCUCAUUGUCAGCAUAACCUCAGCAGAACAAAGAGUCACCGAUGAGACACUAAGUAGUGCUGGUGCUUUAUCGACAACAAAGCAUGGUGACUUUCAUUUUUCUGAAUUUUCACAGAUCGCCAAACUGCAAGCAGCAGACAUAAACGCUGUCGGUAAUCAAACCGACAAAACCAGAAAGUUGUUGCAUCCCUCUGUGGUCACCAAGCUCAGAAGAAGAAAACGAGGCAAACUGAGAAGAAAACCUUCUCAAGCACAGAAAAAGGCUUCUAAACCUGGUAUUGAGACUCGCAGUUUGCCGACAGUCAUAUCAGCUUUGGAGGUGGAUAGUUUAAACUGCAACACAAAUGAACAGCCUAAGGAAUUGGACUUUCCUCAGCCGAACAACUCUUUGAAAACUAGAUGGAAAAAAUUGCAACGACGUAAAUGCAGAUUUGGAAAACCGUCGUCAAAAAAUAAAGUGAGGUCUGGUCCUAUUGGCUCAGCCAAAGCUGAAGGGAACAACUUGGAUGAUGGACAGCGAAGCUUGGAAAGCAGCAUUUUAAUGGAACUUGAGGCGUUUCAUCUAAGAAAGAAAACAGAGCGCUGGGACCUAAAGCCAGUUGUCAGUGAAUGUAGGAGAAUUUUGGUUCCUUUUGGCUCUGUCGAUAUAGCUGAUCAAGUUAGGUCUUUAAAGGUUAAGUUGCAAGCUACAAAAAAUGACGAGUGCCUUGAAAAAAUGUCACCUGAUUUCCCUGUGACUAGACCUGACUCAGAUGAAAUGGAGAAAGAGACUAGCAUUGUUUCACAGACAGAAGUGACUGAAACUGUGGCUGCAGAUUCUACAAGUUGUGUGGAUAACAUUCCAAGUGCCACCAAUGUUGCUUCUGAACAAAGUAUUGUGGAACAGCCAGUUGAUGACAACAAUUCAGUGCUUUCAACUACUGACUUGAAUAUUAGUUCUUCCCAAAACAAUAAUACAGAUAAUUUACUGGUGCAUGUUAUUCAAAGCAAACAAACUGAUACAUUGUCUCCAGUGAAACAUUUGUCAAAGGGAGAAUAUCUGCUGAGUCAACUAAAAUCUGUCCUUUCAAGACAAAAAAGAAAACUAGAUCUCCUUCGCAGUGACGAAAAGGUUGAAAAUACCUGCCAAGAGGAUCAGCCUUGUCUCAAGAAGGCAAAUGUGGACUCAGAUGCUGAGAUGUUGAAAUGCAACAACGCAACGACUCCAGCUGCCGACUCCAGUGUCAGCCCAGUUUCGGAGAUGCCCUCGGUUGACCCUGCUUUUGCUCGUUACUUAGGCCUGACCCCUAAAGAGAGUCUGAAUAAGGUUCAGAAAACUGUGGGCCAGCAGCAGAAAUACUCGGUGGAGAAUGAGAAACCUGUCUCUUUAGAGAAACACCUGCAAAUUGUGCAAAAGCCUCUGUCGAUAUUCCCAAGGAGAAAGAGGAUUAAAACACUGAAAAUGCAUCAAGGAAUUUCUGCAGAAAUUGUUAAAAAGAAAUGGUGGUUGCAUUUUCAAACUCCAGCUUGUUAUACAACUGAAAAGGUCACAGAAAAUGACUGUUCUAGUGACAAUACUGUCAGAAAGACUGUUGAGGAAAAAAUGAAAAGUGCUUGCUCAUCUACAGAUGCUUUGAACUUACUUGCUGACUUGGCACUCAGCGUCAGUUAUGACCAGGUUCCACUGCAACCAAAUGAAGCACUUGACAAAAAUCCUAAUGAAAGUUUGAAGAAGUGCGACCCUAAAAAGGGUCUUUCCAGUUCUGAACAAGAGUCAAUUCUUCAUGCUCUGCUUAAAACUCCUCCUGCUGCUAAAUUCAUUCAACCUGUUACGUCGCCUUCACAAAGCUCUCCUUUGGGAGAUGAUGAAUUGAUUGCUUUGGUAUCUAAAGAACAUGAUUACUCACUGCCUCCAUCUUCCUGUUUGCUGUUGGAUUUGCCAGGUACAACCUUCCAGGUGCUACCUGUAAGUGGUUCAACCAGACUGCUAAACCAUCACCAGUCAAUGUAUGGCAGUGGAGAUAAUACACUACACCCUUCUGUCAUUCAGUACGACUCAAGCGAAUACUUAAGGACUUCAGAAUACUCGCAGAGGCACAAACAAAAGUUCAGAUACUCACGGACUUCUGUUAUCAAGGAUGGCUCUAUUAAGGUCACAAGAAAAUGUCAAGAAAACUACAACUUCAAUCUAGACAGCCAGUUUACAAGUGACCCAAAGAGCAGGGUUGUCAUCCGAGCUUUGCAUGGGCCAUGGGAUUUCUCCACUCCCAAAACUACUGAAGAGAUGCAGCUCAUCUACCACAUGUGGAUAGGCUUGUUUUACAGCCGGUCAACAGCCAGAUUCUUCCAAAUUGACCCAAGUUUUGUGCAUCAGUCUUUAGAUGAAAGGGAUCCUGUGAAAAAAGCCACCGAAAUGGUAUCGGGUCCAGCUAGGUUCGAACACAAUACCAGUUCUUCUGUAGCUCUUUCAAGUGUAACAAACACUCCAGACCUCAUGGUUUCAGAAGUUUUGGAUCUCAGUACAAAGGACAGCACUCUCUUGGAAUCAGAAUCUGAGGUUUUGGAUUUGUCACAGAGGAACUCUGUUGUUGAAACUGUUUCUUCAGAGCCACAAGUCAACAGAAAAGAGUCCAGUGAAGAAAUGGAACCUCCUGAAACACUGAAUGGUUCAAAGUUACCAGUAGAAGUACAAGAGGAAGAAGCAUUUAAGUCAUGCAAAAAGAUGGAGAUGGAGACUAUCAGUGAGGUUAAUGUUGACAACAUUAACAAAAACAAAAAGACGGAAUUUAUUCCAAAAGCAUUGUGCCCAGACUUCACAGAAGUGCCAGCUUCAAAAGUUGAGAGGACAAACUUUUCUCAGCAUGAAGAGAUGAAAAACAUUUCGUUUGAACCUGAAACUGAUCAGGUUGCUGUUGGAAUUGAUCAGGAGUUACCUGGAAGCAACAAAGACACCACUUGCACAAAAUAUCACACAGAAAAUUCAGAAAUUACAGAAAAGAGUUUGGAGCAAAAAGAUGAAACUGAUUCAUUGGAAUUUGAUAUGGACAAAAAGGUUAAUUCCAAUUCAGAAGAAAAUGAAUUGGUUCAAAUGGAUAAGCAUGGAAAACUUGAAGAAAGCUGCAAAAUAAGCACAUAUCCAUGCCCAGAAGGCAAUGAAGACCUUUUUUAUGACAUGACACACACAGAUGAUGGCUCUGCUAACAGAGAAUCAGAUAUUAUUUGCAAGGAAGACAAAGUAGUAAAUGGAAAUGUGUCUUCAGAGGUGGAAAGUAAAGAUGUCUCACCUGACCAAAAUGAUAGUCUAAACAGAAAUGUGGAUUGCAAUGGACUUACGGAGCUUAAAGAUGAUUACUUGAGAGAAGCUGCGACUGAAAUGGAUCAAGAUUUGAGAGAUCAACCAUUACCUAAAAAGUGUGAUGGUCCAAUAAACGUUUGCAUUUCAGAGUGUGAUCAUCAAGCACAAAAACACAAGCAGCUACCUUUGGCAGCUAGUACAAAAGACAUCUGCUAUACAAAUCCCAUUCAGUUAAAAGGUCCCAUUUUAAACAGCUGUUGCACUCAAGCAGGCAUUACAAGCAUUUCUGAAAAAGACCCUUCGGCUGAGGAAAACUUUGAGACAAACAAGGAAAACUGUCUCAAGCCAUUGUUACCCUAUUCUGAUGAGAGCACCAGUUCACCAGAAGAGUCUUUCAUUCCCAAGGUAAAUGGUAGCUUUGAAACAGCAGAUAAAACUAAAGAAGCAAAUUUUAAUGUUCAUCCAAAUCAUGAACAAGAAAUCAAGCCAACUGAGAAGGAAGACGAUAUAGGUGAAAAAACUCCACAAGAAGCAUUUCAACUGCAGGCUCCAUCGAAGUGUGAAGUUGUCAACAUGGGUAAGCCAGACGAGUCAUCACCUGAAAAUAUGGAUUCUGAAAUCAACAAAACAAAUGGUAAAUUGGACAAAAGUUGGGAUGGGAUUACAAUUCCAUUUUUGGAAACGAGCACAGAUGAAAUCCAUGUAGUACAACUACAAGACGAGGCAGGGAAAGCUGUUCAAAGCCAGGAAGUAAUACCAUUUAUUCAUGAAACUUCUGGCCCUCUUGAUGAGCUGCCCAUUGAUCAGUUUAGCCCAUCUGAAAUUUGUGCUGAAAAUGCAAAAUUGUCUACCCACGAAAUGCCACUUCUUGAUGCAAGCAAAAUCAAUAAACUAGAUGUAUUGGCAAGGGUGUUGGACAGGAGGUCCCCUACUCCAACCAUGGAUGAAAAACCAUUUGAGUAUGGAUCAUCUUCAAGCCCUAGCAGUAGUGCUUUUGCCUAUAGUGGUAGUGAAAUCUGCCAAAACAUUACUGAAAAAUGUUCCAGCAGAAGCUCAACACCCGUUAUGGAAGAGCUGCCUCUUCAUCAGAAACAUCAAACCUCUGCAGCUAACGUUGAACGCAAUCAUCUUCAUGGCCUUGGUCCUGAUAUUGAAUUCAGAACCUUAAGAGUCCUGCAAGGUAUAGACAAAUAUAUUUCCACAGCAUACCACUUUGGUAUGCAUACUCAGACUGAAAUGGCCGACCAAAAGUCAUCCCCUAAUUCUUCAAACCUCUCCAGCAAGAAAUCAACCCCAACUAGCUUGGACCCAGGCCACAUUUCAGUUGACUUUACAAACAGGAGAACACGUGAAAAGCCACCAGAGGUGUCAAGCACACAAGACCUGCACCCCAAAUCAAUACGUAGUGUUCCUGCUUCACCUUUCAAAAACAAACUGAAGGAGCGACUCAAUGUAAAAUUAAAGCCAAAGAAUAAAUAUUCUUCAAUUCAGUCACAUCAGUUUAAAAGAUCCAACAGACAGAAACACUCCAUAGAGUCAGACUUGCAGUCCUCGGGAUCUUGUGCCACUGCUGUAGAUUUGCAAGAUAAACCAACUUCACAGUCCUAUUUUAUUCCAGGAUCUUGUUCACAAUCACAGCAUCCUGCCUUGGUAGUGAAACCAUCAAAGAGUGAGGAAAUCCAGGCCCAUUGGCUGUCAAAAGAUGAUGUUGAAGCUACUCCCAAGAAUAAACAACCUGUCACUCAGAUUGUCCAAAACUUCUUUACAAACCUAAUGCUUUCAAAGAAUACAUUGAAAGGGAAUUUUGAUCAUCUAAAUAAUCACGAGACUGUUGAGCUUUCUUCCAAAACUUCUUUGUUGGCAAACACAAACUAUAAUUCGUAUAAAACAGAAGUCAAACCUGCCCUCAAUCCUCCACGUCAAUACAAGAAAACAAACACCUCAGAGUUCACAGUUUCAUCUUUGCCGUCUAUACAGUCUUUUGAUUCUACAGAAAGUUACCCUGAAAAUGACCAAUGCCAAGGGUUCUUUGAAUACAGUUUAGAUGAGACAGUUGAACAUACUGCGAAACAAAGGAUUUGUAAAGGCUACUCAGACAAGUUAUCAAUUUAUGACAAAGACGAUGACCUAAGUAAAGAAGUACACAUUCCAGAACUUCUAUGUACGGUCUUUAAUACAGGUCAGGAUAAGUCUUACUCUAUUCUGGACCAACUCUCUCAGAGGUGCCUGUCAGACGACCUCACUAAGGCAUCAGUGGAGCAAGAGUCUCUUAUCUUCUCAGAGAAAAUGAAAAAUCUUUUGAAAAAGAGCAAAGGUGGAUCCUUCAGCCAACAGGAUACUUGUGAUGGUUUGACUCAGUCUUUCCACAGUCCUCUGACUGUCAACUUCUCUAAUCUUGAGGAGCAGCAUGAUGAUCUGGAGUUGUUGGACAUGCCACUUGUUACCCAGAAAAUAAGGGUGGACAUGUCUGAUAGGAAAGGCCUGACAGACUCCACAAAGGAGGGAAAGAUGUUUUGUCCUCCUUCUCAAACAGACAGCCCAGUGGAGCACGCUGGUAUUUCUGGUUUGAUCGCAGAAUACUCUAAGGUGUACGAGGCCAAGAUGCACAAUGUUUGUUCUAUCAGGAAGACUUCAUGUAGACCUAAGAGAUUCCAACAAGAUUACUCUGGAGCACUGAGUAACAAUUUUGACUUCUGUGAUCAAAUGAAGAAAGAACUUGACAAGUCGUUCCAGAGUAAUCUGAAUGCUGUGGUGAAGAAAUCCUGUAAAACAAAGUACAGAUUCUACAUCUUGGUGACAUCAGAUGAUGCCUUCUUUGAUGAAACUAAGACUCUUUUGGAGACCGAGGGUCACACUGCCGUACAGCCAUCUGAGUUCUUUCGUGGUGAUGGCAGUUCUUCCUGUCUCCUCAUCAUUGUCAGAAAUGAAGACAUUGCAGAGCACAUUUGCAAGAUACCACAUUUGCUCGAGCUGAAGAUGACACCUGGUGUGCAGUUUGCUGGAAUUGAUGAGCCGGACGAUGUUGUUAACCUCACUCAUCAGGAGCUCUUCACCCGGGCCGGCUUUAUCAUGUUAGACAAAGCUGUACUGGAGCCCCUCAGCCUUUGCAACAUGAAAAAAAUCUCUGAGACCUUGCAAGAGCUGAGCAGAAUGGGAAAGUGGAAAUGGAUGCUACACUACAAAGACAGCCGACGCCUGAAAGAAAAUGCAAGGGUGAGUGAAGAAGCAAAUGAGAAGAAGCUCUUCCUAUACUGUGGUCAGGACGCUGGAGUACUGGAGGUCUUGCCUUACCAUGAAUGUGACUCGAUGUCAAAAGAUCAACCAGACUAUUUGACAUGUUUGCUCCGACUGCAAAUCCAGCAAAUAUCGUCUCGUUAUCCUGUUUUUAUAACUGAUGCAAAGACAGACAGUGCCUUUGGAAAGAAGGGGAUUUUGACAAUGACUUUGGACACUUUCUUGACAAAGUCACCAAUGGAAAUUUUUACCGUCUGACUUAAACAAAAAGAAAAGUCAGAAUGAAGAAUUCAAGUUUCCUAACUGAAGCAAUAACUGAUCAAUCACAAAGUCUCACUAGAUGUGAGGGGAAACCAGCAGCCUAUUUAAAGUACUUUCUACAGGAGUUGGUAGAGUUCACAACUCAACCUUCUUUAUGAGCAAUAAUAACGGUUGGUUUAUAUUUUUACAGGGGUUUUUUUUGUUCAUGUUCACUUUAACUCGUGAUUCAGUUUUUGAAUAUUAGGGUUAUAUCACAAAUAUUCUGGCAGCUGUGCUGUUUUAUUGCAUUAAUAUUGUCACUUAAUUUAAAUGUACAUUUUGUAAAUUUUUCUUAAAUUAUUCUUCAUCUGACACUUCUGACUUAGUACUUAGAAGCUAAACUAGUGUUUUCUAGUGCUGUGUAUUUAAAUAUGUCAACUGUUCAGUAUUUUCUAACUCUUAAGGAUGACAAUUAAAAGCUAUUUUUAAAGGUUGGA